UACAAUUGGGUACUCCCUGCCGUUGGAAACCGCCUGCAGCGCUCCGUUGGUUCCCACCCAAACAAAAGCACAGUCGUCGGUAACGCCAACCAGCUGAUCCCCGCCGACAGUCAGCUGGCCUCGGUUUACAGAGACAGACGGACUCUCUUUACUAGCUAUCCGCCUGAAGCGAUGCCAGUCGUCGUGUAGGAAGCUCCUCCGCUGGCGUGGUUGUAAAUUUCAUCCGUUGCGCAACCCCGUCAGCCCCCUGCUAGCAUAGCUGCUGCCGCCGGCCUCCUGUCACACCAGCAGCCGGGGGGGCGAGCGAGGCGGUGCGGACAUGACAAGCGGAUUUGUUAUCGCUUUCACUUUAAAACAGGUUUGGUAGGUGCGGAUACCACCCAACCCGGUGCUGCUGCUGUUGUUGUUGCUGCUGCUUCGAUUCGGCUCAGAUGCUGGGAGAUUUUAACUGAGUCAAGCUAGCUACCAGCACAUUGAGCAACCCGGCGGCUGGCUGGCAGGCUGCCUGGUGGCCCCUCCCUGUCCCGGUCCCGGUCCCUGCACCCCCCUCCUCCUGCUCACCGGCCCGGGCCUUUUUCACUGAGCCGCCAUGAGCGCCAUACGUGUGGAUGCCAAGGUGGUGAUGUUGGGGAAGGAGAGUGUGGGCAAGACCAGCCUGGUGGAGAGAUAUGUCCACCACCGCUUCCUGGUGGGACCUUACCAGAACACUAUCGGAGCUGCUUUUGUAGCCAAACCAAUCCAGGUGGGAGAAAAAGUGGUCACCUUGGGAAUAUGGGACACGGCUGGAUCUGAGCGCUACGAGGCGAUGAGCAGAAUCUACUACAGAGGAGCCAGAGCAGCCAUCGUCUGCUACGAUCUGACAGACAGCAGCAGCUUCCAGCGAGCCCGCUUCUGGGUGAAGGAGCUGCAGAACUGUGAGGAGCACUGUAAGAUCUACCUGUGUGGCACUAAGAGCGACCUGAUUGAAGGAGACCGGAGUCUUCGCCAGAUUGACUAUCACGAUGCUCAGGACUUUGCAGACGAGAUUGGAGCACUGCACUUUGAGACCUCCAGUAAAACAGGAAACAAUGUCGAUGAGCUGUUCCACAAAGUUGCUGAGGAUUACAACAACACUGCCUUCCAGUACAUGACAGAGGAGACGGGCGUCGACUUGGGCCAGAAGAAGGACUCGUGUUUCUACUCCUGUUGCCAUAACAACUGAAGCUGACGGACGGGAAGGGAAGCACCGGAGGUCCCUUCGCCUCCGCCGGAGUAAAGCCUGGAUGCACUGGACAGGUGUUGAUCCGACACCCAAACCACACAGGAGCACAGACGGAGGGAAGAACCAAAUCAACUUGAACUGUUUUUUUUUUUUUCUUGUUUUCCUCUUUGGAUGGGUUGAUUUGAUUUUGUGCCAUAAAGACCUGCAGACGUCACUGAAGGGUAACAUGAGAGUUCUCACCACCGGGUGGAGAGGUGCAUCUUGCCACCACCAAGUGUGCUUUUUCACCUUUUCUUAACAAAACUCCUUGACCGCUAAUUCGUUCAUAGUGACGUGUCACAUUUCCCCCUCAUUUCCCCCGCUUUUCGUCCUGCUGUUGUCACUACAUCUUUCAUUUAUCCACUUUUCCACUGCAGGGCUUGGACCACCUCACUCCAUUCAUCAUCACAGAUUUAAACAAACAUCUAAAACUGUCGUCUUAGUCUCGUCAAAGCAGCUGGUAGAUCCUCUCCGCUGCUGAGAAGAUUAAAUAAAAGAAAACAAAUGAUUUUCAAAAGAGGGACUCAGCGUUACACCAACCUGCAGAGAAAACAUACAUUUAUUAAGGCUAUUUAUUCUUUUUUUUUUUUUUUUUUUUUUGCGCCUCAAUAAAACUAUGGUUUGCCUGCAGUGAUGAUGUGGAUCUUUGGUUUACUUUGAUUGUCUUUUUUCACAUUAUGAAUGUGAAUUUAACAUGUUACUAGAUGAAAAACUCCUGGCCGGUCCCCUUUUGCCCUGCAGUGGAAGUGGGUUUUAUUUUGUCACCUCCCCCCCAAAAAAGUCCAACACUAUUUUGCAUAUUAUACCAUCAGUUUGGUGUAAUAUGUUAAAGAAAUAAUACCAAUGAUAUUUCAAAGGCCUUACACCCAGAGCUGUGUGUCUGAACUCUACUUGCUUGAGCCUCUGCUCCUAAGCGUGCACAGUGACACGGUCGCCAUGCUACUGCACAACACACUCUUGUGAUGUAUGUGUGUAUGUUUUUUUUUUUUUUUUUUUGGACCAUAAGCUAUGAGUCUGUCUGCAGGAGAAAUUCAACUUCUCGGUGGUUAAACUGCAGGAGUGGACAGUUCCUUAAAUUUCUGGAUUUCUGUUAACUGAACUGCACGGCCUGGAUGACUGACAGGAUGUUUAAGGUACCUACAUAUCUGUAUUACACCUAUAACAGUUUUUUUGUAUUUCUAGAAGCAUAAUACAGGUAUGGGAUUAACAAUUUCCCUGACCCAUUUCAAGCAAAGCAAGUCCUCGGUGUCAUCAGACAAGAAAAUCUGAGGAGAUUUGGGAAAACGUCUACUCUUGCAGAAGGAAGCGGUGUGAAAUCCGAGAUUUCACCAACACAGGAAAAGACUGGCGGUGGGUUUUGCAACUUGGCACAAGAUGUUGUCACCGCUCAAACUGCACAAGACCUUCGAUGUUCUUACAGCUGCGUCCACAGCUACGUUUAAGCUUCCUGUCUGUACAACCUAACAAGGUGCAACCUACUAAUUUAUUGCCUUUUGAGUUGCGCUGCCAGGAGAAAAAAAAAAAACAAACUGAUCCAACAUUGCAGGAAUUCUCUCCAUGAAGCUGCCUCAGUGCGUUAGUGUCAAUGUGCCAUGUGUCCAUAUAUCCAUGCACAAUGGUUUUUUUUUUUUUUUUUUUUUUUUUUUUAGUUUUUGUGGAAGACUGGUGUAAAAUACAGUGUGUUCUGUAAAAUUAAAAAGCUUCUUGGAUUAAUGUUUACCUGAAAUCAGAAGGCCCUUGAAUUGAUUGAUAAUGUAUUCCUCUUUAUUGCCCUUGUAAUGGCAUAGACUUAAUGCAUUUGAUUGGAAACCGGGGUAAUUAAGUUAAAUAUGUAAAAGUAUUGCAAACCCUGACAGCAAUGUAAUGUGGUGCACAGAACAUGAUCAUUUCACAUGGCAAACUGUAAAAUAUGAGCUUCAGUGAGUUGAGUUUGUAUUCCGACAGCUAAUAAUAAUGCAGAUAAUGUCGCUGGUCUCAGCCUGUUUUUCCAAAUGCAAAAAAAAAGUGAGGAAAAAGAAAUUCUUGAUAUCUUGUGCAUGAGCACUGCUUAUGUUAUUGUAAACCAAAAGAAAUUUCUCCAACUGCAGCAAGGUCAGUUCACCUCAGAUCUCCUGAAGCCAGCUCCAAACAUCUGAAUACAAGCCCCGCCCACAUUUGCCAACACAUUCAUGUACAUUUGCAAAAAUCUGUCUUUCAUCUCAAUGGUGUCACAACACAAGGGAAAAAUCUGCCAGUGGCCUGAAGAAAUCUGACUUGGGUUCAGUGUUUCAAGAUUUUUUUUUUUUUUCUUCAAUCAAGUAAAUUUACUGUGAAUAAUUUAGAUCACUGCCCUUCACUGGAGGUUGAUAUCCAUCUCUUAUUUACAUUAGCCUUUUUUUUUUUUUUUUUUUUUUUUU